AUGUUUUUUCGUAAAACGUUUAUAUUAUUUUUUGUUUUCCUAUUACCGUAUACAAAUGCGUUGUGGAAAUGGGAAAAUGCGACAGGUAUGUUUGAAAACUUAUGGGCUAUAAAAUGGGGAUAUUUUCAGAAAAUGUUUACAUAUGAAAGGAGGGCAGGGUUUUUAGUCAAAAUUUUUUCAAAAUUGGAAUACUUAUUUUCCGAUGUUAAUGUGUAUACUUCAAUGUUGUCUAGGAUUUUUUUUGGUAAACUGUAUGAGGACAUAUUGUUAAAUUAACACCGAAAGUCUUUUUCGAAGUCACAAUACUCUUGUGAUACAGUAUCCUUUCUCCCCUAAAAAUCAAUACAUUUGCAGGUGGAAAUGUAGAUGAUAUUCUUUCACUCAUUGUUAUGGGAGAUCCACAAUUCUAUUUCAUGUGUGAAUUAGACAAUGUUCAAUGCAAGCAUAUUUCAAAACGUUGCCGAGUUCAAUACUCACUUCCAAUCGUCAGUUUUCUGACAAAUUCUGUUAAUUUUCUGAUCCUCAAAGUUUCAGAGUUUGGAAGCAGCGGCUGAUGAAGUUUUCAAUGCAACUCAAAAAUUAGGCGCUUCAGUUUGUAUCAAAAUGGAAAGUCGGUUUGCAAAUCGAGUUCAACGUGAAGCAAUGUUACGUUUGGUUGGAGAAAUGGAUCAUAAACCAGCUGCUUUGGUUAUUGAUGGAGAUUUGACACAAUUUGGUCACUUUGAUGAAUUAGCGACUUUCAAGGUGGGUCAACAGCUGAACAAGGGUACUCCAAUAUGAAACCUUUUUUUGGAAAUGUUAAAUCAUAUUGCUUCAAGACUUUCUCUGAAAUAAGUCACCACAGGACCCUUUUCAAAUUGACAAAAAAUAUCAAAAUAUUUUUAGAGUCACUGGUAUACUGACUUCCCAGUCCCUCUUCUCCUCGGUUUGGGAAAUCAUGAUUAUCAAAACAAUGUAAAUGACUGUGCUUUCAAUUUCUGUGCACAUACAAUGCUCUCCUGGUAUGUGGAUUAUGUGCAAAAUAAAUCAAUUCAAACCGACGUUCGAAGGGAAGUUUUUAAUGGACUCGAAGUUGUUUACACGGGAAGUUUGGCGUAUACUGAAAGAGUUUGCAGUACAUCUCGUAAGUAUUCUGAAAAGUAAAUCGUAAUUUUGAAAAUCAUGUUCAGGAAAAAAUUGUGCGUAUUUGAUACAGAUGAACAAUGCAUUAGAUUAUAAAACAGAGUUUUCCUCGCUUUUCGUUCGAUGGAAUUUGUCUUCACCUUACGAAUAUGUUGAGAAGGAGUUGGAUAUUUUGAAGGUUUGUUAGGGAGUAGUUUUCAAAAUUUUUCAAAAAUGCAAAUUAAUUUUAUUUAUUUUGUUUGUUUUCCGUUUUGUUAUAGUUUGCUGUUGAGACAACCAAGAAUUCAGUUUGAGAAAUUGAAUGUUUUAAGACAUUUAUCUCAUGAAAAUCACGUAUUUUCUCUUUCACUUCACAAAAAUCAAAUAAAUUUCGCAGGGCACAAAUCUUCCAAUUCUCCUCAACAUGCAUAAAUGCGAAAAUAUUCAAUCGCAUAAGCUCAAAGCAGUACUCGACAAAUUUAUGCGCACCAUCAAAAGUGAAUCGGAGGCAAGAAAUGAGAUUCCGAAAGUCGGCGUAUUUUUCGCGCACAUGCAUCAGAGACACGAAGUACAUUUACAUUGUAUUCACGGCGUCAAAGUUCCAUUUGUAUAUGUUGGAAGUGUGCCAAAUAAUAGGUGAGAAAAAAAUCUAUCUCUUUUUUUACUACUGCUUUUUCCUUUUUUUCUGGACUUUUUUAUUCAAUUCAAUCCAACUCUCAAACUUUGGUCUGUGAGAAUUUGAUUCAUUCACCAAGGGACUUUUUUUCCAGGUUUUCUUUGAUAAAAAUAAAUGGAACCCACGCAACAAUAACUGGAUAUAAAGCAAAGGACAAUCUUAUGCAUAAAGGGGAUACAAUUGAACAUUUGGGAGAGUAUAAUCUUUGGGGUAAAUGCUCAUUUAAUGAACACUAUGUUUUUGCUGAUAAAUCAACAAGACAAAGAUGGCAACACUUUCAAAACACAAAGAGACAUUCGAGAAGUCUUGACAUUGAGCAAAACGGAGAAGAUUGUGAUUUAAAUUUGUGA